AUGGUGGUCCCUCCCUCCGUGGGCGGUAAUCCUACCAGCAACCCACCACUCGCCAAAGCCGCUCCUCCCAACCGUGCAAAUGGCACGCACCCAUCAGCACAGCCUCCCACUAUACCUUACAGCGCACGUCGCGCAGCACCCCUCGAUAUGAACACGGUAGAACGGCGGGGUACCCAAGCCGUCAAAGACCCAGCCAAACGCAAUAGGCCUCAUGGUCUGCAGGAAGCUCCAGUGUACAAACCCACUGAAGAUGAAUUUCGGGACCCAAUGGAAUAUAUGAGAAAGAUUGCUCCGGAGGCAAGCAGAUAUGGCAUUUGCAAAAUAAUACCACCUGAGAGCUGGAAUCCAGAUUUCGCCAUUGAUCUUGAGCGAUUCCAUUUCCGUACUCGACGCCAAGAACUCAACUCAGUGGAAGGAGGUACCCGAACGAAUCUGAACUAUCUUGAUCAACUUGCCAAAUUUCAUAAGCAAUAUGGCACAAACCUCAAUCGUUUCCCGAGUGUUGACAAGAGACCACUGGACCUGUACAAACUAAAAAAGGCUGUUGAAAUACGAGGCGGCUUCGAAAAGGUGUGUAAAGAUAAGAAAUGGGCUGAAAUUGGUCGCGACCUCGGGUAUAGUGGCAAGAUAAUGUCGUCCCUAUCAACAUCGCUCAAGAACUCCUACCAGCGAUGGCUUCAUCCGUACGAAGAAUACCUGCGCACAGUCAAGCCCGGUAUCCAACAACAGCUUGACUUCGAGUAUGGAGGUCAAUUCUCUCCUUCUCCAGCCAUGUCUCCCAUGAAAAGGGUCCAUUCUCAAAGUCAGCCAGAUGUAUUCAGCUCCGAUUCACCUGCGGUCCAAGCAUCUGCAGCAUUGAACGCCUCCAUAGGCAAAGCAGAACCCACCGUCCAGCCUGCGCCGCCCUCAGCCAAGUUGCCAAUCGCGAAACCUGAAGCGCCAAGACCUGUCUCUUCCGGAUUCAUGGCUGUCAAUUCCGGUGGCUUUUCAGCCGUCAACGCAUCUCCCCCAGGGUUUGUCGCUGUCAAUCAUGCUCAUUCAUUACAGAGCAAAAACGAGAAUGAAGUCUGUACGGGCCCGACCAUCUCAAAUGGUCAUGCGAAGGCACCAGCAAAUGGCAGUGCUCCAAGCGUCAUGCCCAGCCAAGAACUUCCUGCCUCAAACAGCAAUGGUGAUCUUGGCUCAAAUCCUCUAAAGCGUACAAUGAGCCAUGAGAGUAUGAAUUGCGAAUCUGGUUCUGAUGGGCUUAAUGGCGAUGGUGAUGGACCAAAUGGUCGAAGAAGCAAGAGGUUGAAAAAGGACAACGUACCGACCGUUGCAGGAAGCCACAUGAGUCUAAUGCGACCAUCCACCCCUCGAAUCCGCUCAAGGACAGGCGCGAGGAAAUUGGGAGAGAAAUGUGAACAAUGCAAUAAAAUCGAAGACAAAGAAAACAUCAUCGUCUGUGAUGCCUGCGAACUCGGAUAUCACAAAUAUUGUCUGGAUCCUCCGCUUGCAACUAUUCCCGAUUAUGACUGGAACUGUGCUAGAUGUCUCAUAGGUACUGGCGAGUAUGGCUUCGAAGAAGGUAGCAUCUAUUCAUUGCGCCACUUCCAGGAGAAAGCCAACAAUUUCAAAGAGCAUUAUUUUGCUCCUCGAAUGCCCUUCGACCCUGUCCUCAAUACAAGAAAGAAGGAGACCGAAGACGAUGUCGAGCGGGAGUUCUGGAGAUUGGUUGAGAGUCUCACAGAAACAAUUGAGGUCGAGUAUGGAGCUGAUAUUCAUUCAACAACGCAUGGUAGUGGGUUUCCUACAGUCGAAAAGAAUCCUCUUGAUCCUUACUCCAAGGAUCCUUGGAACCUCAAUGUUCUUCCCUUUCAUGAGGAUUCAUUAUUUCGGCACAUCAAAACCGACAUAUCUGGCAUGACAGUACCAUGGCUUUAUGUUGGAAUGUGCUUCUCUACCUUCUGCUGGCACAACGAGGACCACUACACGUACUCAGCAAACUAUCAGCAUUUUGGCGCAACCAAGACGUGGUAUGGAAUACCAGGUGCUGAUGCUCACAUCUUUGAGGAGGCCAUGCGACAAGCUGUUCCUGAGCUGUUUGAAUCGCAACCAGACCUUCUGUUUCAACUAGUCACCCUUCUCCCGCCAGAUCAGUUGCGAAAAGCUGGUGUGAAUGUUUAUGCUCUGGACCAGCGUGCAGGACAGUUUGUCGUCACUUUUCCACAGGCAUACCAUGCAGGAUUUAAUCACGGGUUCAAUUUCAAUGAAGCAGUCAACUUCGCGCCAUGUGAUUGGGAACCAUUUGGAGAAGCUGGUGUGCAGCGACUUCAAGAGUUCCGCCGUCAGCCGUGCUUCUCCCACGAUGAGCUUCUUCUCACGGCUGCAGGAAUGGACACGUCUAUCAAGACUGCCAAAUGGCUGGCCCCAGCUCUGGAAAGAAUGCGGACUCGAGAAUUGGAACAUCGGCAUUCUUUCUGGACCAGACAUCAAGAGCUUCAUCCCCAUCAAUGCUCGUUCGAAGGUUCCCAUGACCACGAAAGUGGAGAUCCAUGCGACCUAAACUUCCAAAUCGAGGACGAAGAGCUUCAGGAAGAAGAGUAUCAAUGUCACUUCUGUAAAGCUUACACCUUUCUCUCACAGUUCUACUGUCAUCACUCUGCGAAGAUUAGCUGUUUGCUGCAUACAGAGACAAGCGAUUGUUGUGCAGAAACGCCUCAAGAGAAGCUCAAGGGCCCAAAUCAUACUUUGAAACUACGUUUUUCAGAUGACAGACUUUCUGAAAUUGUGCAGAGGGUGAGUGAUAAAGCACGAGUCCCGGAGGCGUGGCAGGAAAAGCUGGACCGGUUGCUCGAAGAUGGACCGAGACCGCCUCUAAAGUCGCUCCAUUCUCUGCUUGCAGAAGGCAAGAAAAUCCCAGCGGAGCUCCCGGGGCUCAAAGACCUAGCAGUUUUCGUCAAGCGUUGCGAUCAGUGGGUAGAGGAAGCAGACCAGUACACCACACGCAAACAACAGAAUCGACGGAAAAGCGAGAAGACGUGGAAAGCAAAGUCAAACAGGGGCACAAAGCCCGAGGAGAAGGAGUUGACUGUAGAAGGUCUUCGCAAGUUGUUGAAGACUGCUGAAGACCUCUCAUUUGCGCACGAAAAAAUCGAACAGCUAGAGGACAAAUCCCGGGCGAUAGACGAUUGGCGAGCCGAGGCGAAGAUAAUGCUACGGAAUAUUCACGUCAACUCUGCUGCCGAAAUUGAGGAGCUUCUUGAAACGGGUCGGAGCUUAUUCGUAACGAUGCAGGAAAUUGAUCUACUUGACAAGCAAUUAGUGAAAAGCCGGUGGACCGAGGAGGCUCAUGAAGCCAAGACUCACAAGGCCAAAUAUACGCUGGCGCAAUGUGAAGAUCUUGUCAGGAGAGGCAUUGAAAAUGAUAUUCGUCAGGACGGUGGGGAUCUGGCACAUUUUCAAGAUCUUGUGAGCAAGGGGAAGCUGUGGGAAGCCAAGACAAAGCAAGUCAUGGCUCAGGAAAAUGUCAACUAUGGUCAGCUGGAAGCUUUAUGGGCCGAAUCUCAAAAGCAGGAUUUCCCUGUCAACCCCGAUACCCUGGCCGAACUGGAUGCGGUGCUCAUCAAGAAUCGUGCAGCAAAGGAGCAGAUCCAGAAAUUAUACGACCGGACAAAGGCAGAGGAUUUGAGGGAUCGUCCUACCUAUGACGAGGUCCGGAACGUCAUGAAGUCGUUGGAAGACUGGACAAGCAAGCCGAGUGGCACUGUUGAUCUCGAGCGGGAGGUCAAACGCCAUGAAGAUUGGAUGCGAAAGGGGAAGAAGCUAUUUGGAAAAGCCAAUGCGCCACUACACAUCCUGAAAGCCCACAUGGAGACCGUGGAAACGAAGAACAACUAUUGUUUCGACCUGAAUGAUACAUUCCGUGCACCUGUUGAACCUCAAUCUCGAGAAGCCAGUCCUGUGGAUGGUUUGGGAAGACAUGGUCUUGGACAGGAUGAAAAGUCCGUCUUCUGCAUCUGUCGUCAACCAGAAGGAGGCAUGAUGAUCGAGUGCGAGGUGUGUCAAGACUGGUAUCAUGGCAAAUGCCUGAAGAUCGCCCGAGGCAAAGUCAAAGGCAGUGAAACUUUCACUUGUCCUAUCUGCGACUGGCGUGUCAAAAUCCCUCGCGACGCUGCUCGACCGAAGCUCGAAGAUCUCCAACAGUGGAGUGAGGAACUCGCCACGCUUCCAUUCCAACCUGACGAAGAAGACAUCCUCGAACGGAUCAUCGACAAAGCCCAAACCUUCCGCGACUUCUUGCAGCAGUUCAUCAAUGGCAACCAAAUUUGUCGAACAUCUGAAGAAAUGCCAACUAUCCUCUUCUACCUCCGCAAGAUCGAAGGUGCAGAGGUCCUUCUUGCUUACGAAACCAACAUCUUCAGGCAGGACGUCCAUAAAUGGCAACCAAUAGCGCCCCAAGCACCUCCCAUCCUUGAGCAGAGUCUUAGCACGCGAAAACCUCGACCAACCAAACAGCAGAAAAUGAUGAAGGAACUUGGUGUUCAGAAGGUCGAAGAUCUUCCACCACAUAUGCGUAAGCAGUCAACAGUAAAAAGGAAAAAUACCGAGCCACACGUCGGGAGACCGGCUCCACCACCUCUCCAGCCAGCACAGGUGCAAUCCCAAGGAUCUGGGCCAAAUUCGGCAUUGAUGAGAUCUGAUACCCCUCUUGGAAUGCCACGGCAAGGGUCAACGGGAAAUGCACCCAACAGUUCUGGUUUUGACGGCGGCAUGUCUUUUGGUCAUGGUUUCGGCACCAGUGCAUCAUCAAGUUAUCAAAGUCCACAUCACACAGCCAGUCCCGCAAUGUUCAGUCCGACAACUAGCCUUCCCUCGAACAGUGGGAUGAGAGAGUCUAUCCUCGGGUCCGGCUUCCCUGGCGGUACAAUCGCAUCUGGACCUGGUGCUGACAGCAGUCCUGCCCUUUUCUCGCCUGGAUACGGCAUUGGUGGGGAUGACGAUAUCCGGACUGGAAUCAUGGGCGCCACUUCGAAUGGGGCCACAGCUCAUCACAAUGGCAGCAACACGCCGGGAACAGAUGUAAAUGGCACUGCUGAAGGUACGGGGAUGGGAUCAAGUCCACACACAACAAAUGUGGAGGAGAUGUUCAUGGAGAUGACGAAUGAAGAUCCAGAUGGCCAUGUCAGUGAGGCUGGGGACCUUCCGGAUGAGGUAGCGACUGAUGCUGGUAUGCUUGGCGACGAUGACGCGGAUGGUGCGGUAUCGGCUUUUCCACCCACGACGCUGGGACACCACACGAGUCAGGCGAGUGAGGCUUUGGAGAUGAUUGGUGGUAUGGUGGAGGGAGAAGGAGGAACGAAUGGUGCAAGUGUCGACGGGGACGACGAUGCUGAUGAUCACGAUCAGGAGACAUUUGAUGAGUUCGUCAUCGAUGAAGAAGCGUGA